AAAAUUCCAUUACCUUUGUGAAGAUGGAGUGUGGAAUGUCCGGAAAGCAUGUGCAGAGUGUUUCACGGCCGUUUCGUGUGCGUGCUCACAAGAAUGUCGCAAGAAAGAACUAGCUGGGCUGUUCAUUAACUUAUUAUGUGAUCAAUCUAGAUGGGUGCGUAUGGCAGCUUUCCAGGCUCUAGGUCCCUUCAUCUCCACUUUUGCUGAUCCCAGCAUCACUGGGCUCUACUUCAAUGAAGAUGGUGUCUUAUCGGUCGGACAGGUGGCGCCACAGAAAAACAACACCAUAUCUCCAACAACAGAAGAGGCAAACAACAACAAAAGUGAUGGAGAGAAGAAGGGAGAAGAAGGAAAUCCAGAGGGGACCAAAGAGGGUGACAAAGAGCAGGAGGUGAAGACUCCUGAAAUUCCAAACAACACAAUUCAGCAUCAAGAACAACAAAUAGGCAGUAACAGUAAUAAUGCAAGGACUAGUACAAAUGACACCGACAGCGUUCAGGAUUCUAGGCAGGUGACAGAAUCGGUGUCUGAUAAGAGUGGUUCCACGGCUGAAGAAGCUAUUGACAAUAGUCAGAAUGAUAUUUUAUCUAUAGAAGAUUACAUAAAUAACCUUGCUAUGGAAAUUGAGGCGAGUAGUUUAAGUGAAGAGAACGGCAGUGGAGAUGGUAUCGAUAAGCAUAAUGACGUGCUUUCCGUCGAAGAAAAGCGUGCCGAAAAGUGGAAGCAGUCUCAUCCCAGUGUGCCUCAGUCAUCAGAUCCCGAUUCCGAUGACGUCAUUAACGCCUGUGAUACACCAAGCGAACAAGGUUUUCAGAGUCAGGAAUCAACCACCAGUGCCUCAGGGGCAACGCACAUUCAUUUGGACAAUAUGGCCGCCUUCUCCAGUUUUAAUUACUGGCGGACGCCUUUACCCCAGUUAGAUUUACACUUGGAUAUUGUUGAAGGUAAAGCUACAAAUAUUCACGUGACGGCAAAAGUGGUGGACCCAGUCCAGCAUAAAGUGUUCUCCUCAAAAAUGGACGUUGAGGUUGAUAGCUCGCCAACGCCCUCUUCUUCUGGAGACGGAGACUUGGAGCUCUCUGACGAAGGUGAGGUGAAAAUCCAUACUGCGAGUGUUAACUUGGUGAGUGCCGAGGAACCAGAGGAAACCGACUAUAUCGGCAGCAUGCACGUGAUUGGUCAGAAUUUGAACGAGUCCACGAUGGCUGUGAUCAAUGGUGUGGUGCAAGAUGUGAAUUCGCCCAGUGGUAUGUAUGGAGGCGAGGGUGGGGUGCCCUCAUUUACUCACACGUUCUCGGGGAUGGAAAUGGCCCACAGGGGGUCGACCAGCUCUACAGGGAAUACCAUUACCAAACUGCAGGACGUGAUCCCCCAGAUUCUGCUGGAUAACUACCUUAGCAUGACUGAUGCUGCCCAGGCCCAGACUGUGGAUUCUGAAAUAGCACGGCAUUGUGCAUACAGCUUCCCGGCUGUGGCUUACACACUAGGCAGAGAACACUGGCCCUGUCUCAAGGAUUUGUAUGACCAACUGUCACAGAAUAUUCAGUGGAAAGUGCGCCGCACGCUAGCAUUUUCCAUACACGAGCUGGCGACCAUCAUGGGGCCUGAAGUGACGGAGAAGGACCUGGUGCCCGUGUUUGAUGGCUUCCUGAAGGACUUGGACGAGGUGCGAGUAGGAGUGCUGACACACCUGGCAGACUUCCUCAAGUUGCUGAACCCUAGUACCAGGUCCAUGUAUCUCCCCAAGGUGGCCGAGUUCCUGACCACAGACAACUCUAGAAACUGGAGGUUCAGAGAAGAGUUGGGACAACAACUAGUCUCACUGUGUGAGUUGUUCUCCUGUGAUGAGUUGAGCCGGCAUAUUUUGCCCAUUGCUCUCACUCUGGCGGAAGACAGGGUGGCAGAGGUCCGCAGCAUAGCACUCAAAGAUUUGGCUGUGAUUUUGAGGUGUUUUAACGAGAGUGGCGAGGAGAAUGUGUCCCAGAGUUUCUUAGCCACUGCCUUAGACAAGUUUGCUCACAGUGACAAAUGGUACAGGAGACAGACCUAUGCACAUUUGUGUUACCACAUUCUCCAAGAAAACUCCUGCUCUGCUGAACAGUUUGCCAUCAGCUGGAUGCCAGCACUUCUUAGCCUAGCAAAGGAUCCAAUUCCUAAUGUUCGUCUGGCAUUGGGAAAAGCACUGUCGCAGUUUGUGAUACCUCUUACUGGAGGCGUAGGAAUCAUUCACCACAAUUGCACUCCAGAAUUUCAGGCAAAUGAAGUUAGACUAGUGAAGAAAUACAAGCAGGGAUUUAUAGUAGACCCAGUAGUGAUGGGCCCAGACAACACAGUGGCUGAUGUGUGGAAAGAGAAGGAAAAAUAUGGCUUCUCUGGCUUCCCUAUUACAGAAAACGGCAGAAUGGGUGGGCGGCUGGUAGGACUGGUGACACAGAGAGAUAUUGACUUCCUCCCCCCAGAAAAGUAUGACAGACCUGUUAAAGAGGUCAUGACCUCCCUAGAGAACCUGGUGACAGCCACAGCGGGGGUCACUUUGUCAGAGGCCAACAAAAUACUGCAAGAAAGCAGAAAAGGCAAGCUCCCCAUUGUAAAUGAGAAUGGUGAACUGGUUGCUCUGAUGGCCAGGACAGAUUUAAAAAAGAGGAGAGAAUUCCCUGUAGCAUCCAUGGAUGACAAAAAGCAGUUGUUGGUCGGUGCAGCUAUCAGUACUCAUGAAGAGGACAGGACACGACUGGACCUCCUUGUCCAGGCUGGAGUUGACGUAGUUGUGCUGGAUUCUUCACAGGGCAACUCCAUAUUCCAGAUCAACAUGAUAAGAUACAUAAAAGGCAACUAUCCAGAGCUACAGAUCAUUGGAGGAAAUG